CCAAAGAAGGCUACAAUGUUGAUCUUACCUAAAAUUCUGCUGAUUUCAACUUUGUUUAGUUUACUACUUUUUGGAAGCAAUGGAAAUGAAGGUGUAGAUGUAACUACAGCAAAAAACUCUACAAAAGGUUCCAGAAUAACAGAAAACGCAUCCCAUCCUUUGAAUGUUGAAGAAAAUUCAUACUCAUUUGAUGAUAAUAAAGAAAGUUCCAAAGCAAAUGAUACGCCUGCUUUUGAUUCAUCAAAUAAAAUACAAACAACCACAGAUGUGUUGAGUAAUUUGCCAACAGGUCAUUCUGGGACUUUAAAACCCCGGACCACGGUUCCUACAAGCCCUCCUUUUAUAGGAGACUUCGUUUCAAAACUGCCACAAAAUUCAUUUGGAACAUCUGAAAAUUCUUUACCAGUUUCUGUUCCUCCCAAUGCUACAUCUGCUCUCCCUUCCGAAAACUUUACUUCUAUGCCCACUGCUACCAUGAGCUCUGAAAAUAUUUCCAUUAUGGUUAGCAUUUUCACUCCAGUAUUAAAUACCACCUCUGCAACCACUAUAAUAAAGAAACCAGAAGAUUGGCUUACUACAACCAGUGAGAACAUACCCUAUGAAGAAACUACCACCUAUCCAGAUACAACUUCACAGCACACCUCAAAGUUCACCAACAAUUCAAAAAAUUUUCCAAAUACAUCUGAUCCCCAAAAAGAGAACAGAAAUACAGGAGUAGUAUUUGGGGCCAUUUUAGGUGCUAUUCUAGGUGCUUCAUUUCUCAGUCUGGUUGGCUACCUUUUAUGUGGGAAAAGGAAAACCGAUUCAUUUUCCCAUCGGCGACUCUAUGAUGACAGAAAUGAACCAGUUCUUCGAUUAGACAAUGCCCCUGAACCUUAUGAUAUGAGUUUUGGAAAUUCUAGUUAUUACAACCCAAGUGUGAAUGAUCCGUACAUUCCAACGGGCCAAGAAAAUGCACGUGACGGCAUCCCGAUGGGUGAUAUACCUCCACUCCGUACCUCAGAACAAAAUUAA